UGCUUUUGGGCACACCACUGCAAUUAUUAAGUGAAGAAAUCAUCAAAAUAUGAUCUCUUGUACAGUGUAACUGUAGUAGUAUACAGCCACAAGGCAGGGGUAAAUAUUCAUGAUACUGAAACUUAAUGAGUUAGAGUAAUGAAAAAAAAACUACUGAAGCAGAGUAUGUGAGCAUUGGAGUGGCUGUGUGGCUGGGACAGGAGCCAAAUUAUCUGCUCCAGACCUGUCCUGUCUGCUCUACCAUGAGCUCUGCUGUUAAUUAGCAGUGUAAAAUGUCUACCUUGGUGUUAGGAAUACUACAAACAGGUUUGCUAUUGCAAAUUAGACUACAGUAACUGAUGCGAAUUCAUCCUACCUGCCUAAGCAGAAGGUGAGUUUCUUGGUGAAGGUGCAAGGCUAGGACUGAGAAAAAGACUUGGAGAGACAAGACAGUGAAGUAGGAGGUUACUGUGGCAUAAGAGAACUAGAUCUGGAUCAACUCGUGUGAUCCCUGGAAUGUCCAAAGUUCCCUGUUUCCUAGGGAAAGCUUCACUCCUGCUGUUACUAUGAAUAAAGUUUAUAUUCAUAGAAGAAAUGACACAUCUGAUACUGAUGACUGUCCUCUGUCUUACAAUUGAAAACAGUGCUUACUCCUGACUCUUCAAUAAUCUGAUAGGGAAAAGGUUUGACAAUAUGUUGAGAAACACUGGUAAAAUGAAGCCCUAAUGAGAAAAUCAGGGUUUGUUCAUUCAAGCAAGGAUGGAUAAGAAGUUAAAAAACCCAAACAUCUGUAUACCCCAACUAACAGAGCAAUUUGCUCCUCAAGAAAAGCCCCAAAACCCUAAACAAACAAAUUUAAACUCGGAAGUCCUUAAGCUUUUGACUAUUAGGUUUGCAACUUGGAAUCUGCUUUCUGACAGCGUGCUGGUAUCUUCCCCCAAAUCAGUUUCCAUUAAACUAACCCUAACCUGGCCAGUUCCAGUCUGGGCAUCAGAGCUGAAUUCAGCAAUCAUACCCUGAAGUGUGGCAUGCAACUUGCAAUGCUCUGUGCUCCUUGGCAAAAGAGGCAGAAAACAGUACCUCUUAGGAGCUGUACUGAUGUGAGGUGGUGCUGAGUGUGUUAUAAGCACUUAUGGCUUGGUUGGUGUAUCCAGCACCUGAGAAGAAGAGAUUCAACAGAUCUUGACAGGUUUUUGUGAAAAAAAAUUGUCUGGAAAAGAUGACCCCUGAAUCCCUGUCUCUCUCCUCAUCUUACAGGUGAUCUUUGAGGACACUUGGGAGUCUGUAGCUUCUGAAUGCAUGAUCUUCUCCUGGGAUUAGAAGAAAGCCAUGGGGAAAGACAAGAAGGAACAGGAGCCUGUCUUUCUGAGGAAAAAGAUAACUUUGCUGCGGGCUUUCUCACUCCUCAUCGGCAGUAUGAUUGGCAGUGGCAUCUUCAUCUCCCCAAAAGGAGUGCUGAAAAACUCUGGCAGCAUGGGUUUGUCCCUGGUUGUCUGGUUUGCCUGUGGGGUCCUCUCAAUGUUUGGUGCCUUGUGUUAUGCAGAGCUUGGAACGAGAAUCACCAAGUCUGGAGGACAUUAUAUCUACAUUUUGGAGACACUAGGGCGUCUGCCAAGUUUCUUAUUUCUGUGGGCAGAGUUUUUUGCUAUUAGGCCUGCCAACAGUGCUGUUAUUUCUUUGGCGUUUGGAAGCUACAUGCUGGAGCCAUUUUUCGCCCCCUGUGCACCCCCUGUCCCUGCUGUGAAGCUUGUGUCUCUCCUGGGGUAUUGCCACACUGAGAACUUCCAGGAUGCUUUUGACAGACAGUCCCUGGUUUUGGAUAAACUUCCCCUGGCUUUUUAUGCAGGCAUGUUCGCGUAUUCAGGCUGGUUCCAGACCAGCUUUGUGCGUGAAGAGUUGGUCAGACCUGAACGAAACAUCCCCCUGGCUGUCAUCGUGUCCGUGAUCACAGUAAUUGUGGGGUACAUGCUCACCAAUGUCUCUUAUUACACAGUCUUGGAAACACAAGACGUUCUGGCUUCUCCUGCUGUGGCUGUGAGCUUUGCGCAACAAGCCUUCAAAAGCUUGACCUCCGUAAUCCCUAUCCUUGUCUCGCUGUCCUGCUUUGGAACCAUGAAUGGAGGAAUCUUCACAUUUUCAAGGACCCUGUUUGUGGCUUCCAGGGAAGGACAGUGGCCUCCUCUCUUCUCCAUGAUCCACAUCCGAAGGCAUACACCCCUUCCUGCUGUCAUGUUAAUGUUCCCUUUGGUUACUACCAUGGUGUGUAUCGGAGAUAUCUACCAUCUAUUGAACUUCUUCAGCUUUUCCCGAUGGCUCUUCAUAGGAUUAGCCACCCUUGGGCUCAUCGUCCAUCGCUACCGUCACCCAGAGCUGCAGAGCCCGUUCAAGGUUCCCCUGUUCAUUCCCAUCUCUUUUACCAUCAUCUGCCUCUUCACAGUGGCAAUGUCUUUCUACUCAGACCCUGUGAACAUUAGCAUCGGAUGCACCAUAGUUUUAAGCGGUUUUCCAGUCUACUACCUCAUAAUCCACAAGCAAAUGUCAGAUUGUUUCCGUAGCCCAUUAUAUUAUCUUACACAUAAACUACAGUUACUGCUGGAAGUAGUCCAACAAGAAAUCAAGACUUACUGAGAAAACCAUCAGAACUCACAUGAGAAUGUAAAAUCUACUUACUUCGUUUCUGAUACCUUUGAUCCUACCAAAAGCAGGCCAUGGUACUGUUCUUUUAAUUGCUGCAAAUGAGGAUGAGCCUGAGCCAAAACCUUGCUGCAAGUCUUCCUAAGUUUGCUUAGGAACUGGGAUGAGUGCAUCGCAUCUCUUUCUGCUCCCCCCCCCCUUUUUCAGCAGAACAAUCUACUUCUGUGAAAUGAGUUUGCUUUGCCCUCAGAGUGUCUUCAAAACCAAGAUCCUAUUUUGCAGCCUAGCCCAGUCCUCAGUAAAAUAGUGUAUGUGUGUGUGUACUCA